AUGUCUGGACACUCAAACACAGCCCUAGUUGUACGGACGCCAGGCGGGCACCCCACCUUAUCCAAGGAAAACAUUCCCAUACCCUCUCCAGCCGCAAAUCAAGUGCUUGUCAAGGUAUCGCAUGUAGCACAGAACCCAACUGACGUGCAAUCCUUUGAUGGAAAUGCCUUUGGUGACGGCGCAGUCCUUGGAUGUGACUUCGUUGGAGAGGUAGUGGAGUUGGGCAGCAGUGUUACUCGCCUCGCAAAAGGUGAUACUGUAGCUGGUCUAAUUUGGGGAGGAGAAAUCAAGGGUCUAGGCGGGUAUAGCGAGUACUGUCUGGCUGACGAGGACAUAUCAUUCAAGAUUCCAAAGGGACACUCGUACGAGCAUGCUAGCACCGUCCCAUUGGCAGCCGCCACCUCAUGGCUCGCCUUGUUUUCCAGCACUUGCCUGAAUCUCGACCGCACAAGCGCCCAGGGGGUUAGCGUUUUGAUCUGGGGUGGCAGCUCCAGCGUCGGCUUAUAUGCUGUUCAACUUGCUUCACUCUUCGGCCUUGAGGUUGUAGCAACCUGCAGCCCGAGACACAGUGACCUUGUUCGCCAGUAUGGUGCGAAAUACGUUUUUGACUACCGUGAUGAGAAUGUAGUCGAGAAAAUCAAGGAGGCAACGCCAAAUCUCAGAUAUGCCUUUGACACAAUAGGAAACUCGACCUCGUCUUCGACCGCAUCACGCGCUUUCAGCGAAAAAGGCCGCCUUUGCACAGUGCGACCAGGCAAAGCUAAUACUGAAAAUGUAGUUUCGGGUACGCAAGUCACCGAUGUACUGGUAUGGACAGUCUUUUUGAAGGACCACAGCUACGGAAAGUUCAAGUGGCCUGCUUCCAAAGAGGACCACGAACUUGGCAAAGAGCUUUUCGAAAAAUUGCCUGCUUGGCUGGAAACCGGUACUAUCAAAGCAAGUGAGCCCAAGGUGCUUGUGGGCUUGGAUGCAGUUCAGGAAGGGUUCCAGGAACACAGAGACGGAAAGAUUUCGGCGUAUAAGAUUGUGUAUAAGCUUUGA